AUGCCGAAUCCAAUCAGAGAUCUUUACAAGAUCGAUCAAACAUCAUUCGAUUAUGUCUACGAGGAAAAUGUGACCGUGGCUCUAAAGGGCGAUAAAGGCGUAGUCAGGUGCAAUGUGUACCGACCAAAAGAUACGAGCAAAGCAUACCCAGUACUGGUAACCUACGGGCCUUAUGGCAAAGACAUACACUACAGCCACUUCCACGCGGAUUCUUUCAGCGAGGUGCCCGAAGAUCACCACUCACCGCACUCAGCAUGGGAAACACCGGAUCCGGGCUAUUGGACGAGACAUGAGUAUGCGAUAGUGAGGGCGGACGAGAGAGGUACAGGCCAAUCACCCGGCGUACUCAAUACGAUGUCUCGUGGCACAAGCGAAGCAUUCUUCGACGUUGUUGAAUGGGCUGCAAGCCAACCAUGGUCCAACGGCAAAGUUGGUCUUCUUGGAAUAAGUUACUAUGCUGGAAGCCAAUGGAGAGUCGCUGCACGUCAACCGAAAGGACUAGCAUGCAUUAUACCGUGGGAAGGCAUGUCCGAUUAUUAUCGCGAUAGGUGUAGACAUGGAGGAAUCCUGUCAAAUACCUUUAUUAGCUUUUGGUGGAACAGACAGGUCAUCACGAAUCAAUACGGGCGGCCUGGAAGAGCAGCUAGGAACUGGGGGUUUGACACCAUUGAAGGCGACCUCUCAGAAGAGGAAUUACUUACAAAUCUUCGGGAUCAAACGAAAGACAACGAGACACACCGUUUUCGAGAUGAAGAUUACUAUGCUUCGAAAGACUAUGAUAUGAACGACAUCAAAGUCCCAGUCCUAUCCGUUGGUAACUGGGGUGGGAUUUUGCUCCAUCUACGAGGCAACAUUGAAGGGUAUCUAAACGCCGGCUCGAAGCUGAGAUACCUCAGACUGAUCACAGGACGUCAUGAUUUACCCUUUUAUGGGAAAGAAAACGUUGAAAUGCAGAAAAGCUUUCUGGAUGCGUUUCUAAAGGGGCGUGAUACUCAAGGCUGGUCCACGGGGCAAGCUCCGAAGGUGGGCUUAGUAUUGCGCAAGGGCAAUGUCGGCUACAACGAUGUCGAGGCCGAAAAGCGAUAUCCACAUCGAUUUGAAAACGAAUGGCCGAUUGCUCGGACCGACUAUACCAAAUACUUCUUGACCAUGGGUAAGCAGUUACUUGACUCUGCUUCGUACAACACCCAGCGAUCACAAGCUUCGUACGACGCUCAACAAUCGAAACUAUCGUACAAGGCGUUAGGGACUCUCCAAAACCCCCAAUUGGUCCAAUUUGUUUCUGAACCAUUUCAACACGAGACAGAGAUUACAGGGCACAUUGUCGUGCAUCUGAAUGUCUCCUGUUCGGGCAUCACGGAGGCUGCAAAGGAACCUUCAGAACUGGAUCUGUUUCUUACCUUGCGACAUCUAGACCUGACAGGCAACGAGAUUCUCUACACAGGCACUGUAGGGGACCCGGUGCCAAUAACCAAGGGCUGGUUGAGGGUAAGUCUACGCAAAACGGAGCCGAAUCACCCCCGGUCUAAACCUUGGCACCCCCAUCGGGAAUAUCUGUCCACGGAUGUACUACCUGUGAAGCCUGGAGAAGUGUAUGGGGUAGAUGUGGAGGUCUGGCCAACUAAUGUUGUUGUGGAUAAGGGUAACCGACUGGUGCUUGAGGUCUCUUCCGGCGACACGCAGGGGGCUGGCUUAUUCGAACACACAUCGGAUGCCGAUCGGCCUCGGGAUUUGUUGGAUGGCUGGAAUCAUAUUAACUUCGGCCCCGAGUACGAAAAUUAUGUACUCUUGCCUGUAAUCCCGGCCAAGUGA